AAAAAAGUAAAAUGUACCAGCGGUUCUUAAACUUAUCAGGAGGUUUCACUUGGUCCAUGAACUUGCAAAGCGCACAUUGAGAUCUCUAAAUUUAGUUUAUUGUAUCAUCUCGGUCUAAAACCGCGUUUGACCGUGGUCAUGCCUAUGUGGCACGCCACGUGGAUGAUGACAUGGACUUUUUUUAUUUUUUCUCCUUUCUUCCUUCUUUUUUUCUCCCUUCUCCUUUUUUUUUUCUCCCGCGCCUCCGCCGGUCGACGCCGAGUCCACACCAACGCGCCGGCAGCUCCUCGCCGCCGGCAAGCCCAUCCAACACCUCGGCUGCUCGUCGUUGUCCACCACCACUCCAUCAGCGCAAACAACAGCCAAACAACAGCAACAAGUCAGAUCCAGUGCCGCCGUCCUCCUCGAGUCGCCGCCAUCCCCCUCCCUCCCGUCAGUGCUGUCGUCCUCCUCCCCCAGUCACCGCCCUUCUCCACCCAUCGCCGCCGCUGUCCUCCCCCCAUCAACGCCGCCGUCUUUCUCCCCGCGCGCUUGCCACCGUCGCGCGCUCGCCUCCAGCACGGCGGCUCAGCAAAACCGCGGCAGUGGCAGCUCCCAUGGCGUGCGGUGGCUCGGUUGCCGCGCACGCCAUCAUCUCUUUCCCGUUCCAUACUCUUCCGUCCAUGCCGAUCAUUUUCUCCCUUGACACCAAUUCAUUUCAUCCACUGCAGCGACGGGAACGCCGACGUGCCCACGAGAGCUCCAGAGCGCGCUCCAAGCGUCGCCGUGGUGGCAUCGUUGCCGUCGCAAUCGAUCUGGACCAAGUCGGGCCAAGCCGUCGCGCCAUUGUAUUCGCCUCGUACUCCUCUCCAUUUCCCCUCAAGAACCAUGAAGAAUGGAGCUCCGAAGAGGGAGAUCGACCUCACCUUCCUCAACAUCUCCCCCUGACUUCAAUCUUCGAUUCCAGCCGCUCCGGUUGUUUGAUAGAUCGAGCCAUCGCCGUUCACCCGAGAAGGAGCGCCGCCGCCGAGCCAUUCCACGAGCCGCCACUGACAACCAAGGUUGCCCAACACUUUCUAGUGCCUCGCAUAAUUUCCUGGUUCAUUCGAGAAGAAGACAAACUAAAAGGGAAGCUGGUUGACAGAUCCAUGGCUAUGCAACACAUCGAUCCAUCCGCCAAGAUCUAGGGCAAGAAACAGAAGCAAGAACCUAGGGCUCUUCCACCAAGAAUCCCCCGCAACACCGCAAGAACCUAAACCACAGACCAAAUCUCCAAGAACCCAUCACGAUUCCUUCCCCUCUCCCCCACCCUCUACGCGGAUCGGAAUCCCCAAGAAACACCAGCCCUUGGAAAGCCCCCAUUUGGGCGGAAGAAGAGCAGCAGCAGCACAAGAACCCUAGCAAGCAAGAACCCUAGCGCCGGGAAGAGAAAGGAACAAGGAAGACGACGGUGAUGCGUUACCGGCGAGAAGGCGGCGGAGAGCGUGGACGUCGGAUGGGAAGCGGUCGCCGUCGCCGUUGACGUCGGUGCGCCGCCGCGCCGUUUCCUCGCUUCUCCUCUCGCGUCGCCUCGCGUCCG